GCCCGGGCGUCCUCCGGGCUGAUUAAAGCAGUGCUGCUGAGAACGGCUGCCUUUGUGUUGCCUGAGUCUGGUCUGUGUGGGCGAGGGGGAGGGAUGGAGCAGCUACACCAGGGAAGGCUGGAUCCUUCUUCCGGUCCCGCUGCAGGAGCCGUCCCUAUGGCAACGGCCUGCCCGGAGGAAGGAGCCCUGCCCUGCCUGUGGAAUUGUCCUGAGUCAUGGCUUUGGGCUGAGGCCAUGGGAAGAAACCAUUGUGCAGCGAGGCGGCAGCCCUGGGGAAGGGGGCUCAGGCUGGGCACCCAGUGCCGGGCAGGGGCUGCUGGCAAGCUCAAGUCCCUGUGGGCCUUCCCCAUGGCCUGGAACCACUGCCCGCCCCGGCCUGCUCUCACAGGUGGGAGGGCCGGGUGCACAGUGCAGGCCAGCAGGCUCAGCUAGAGACCUGAGGCCUUUAGGGAGUCACGGGGGCAGGGAGGGCUGGAGGCAUGGGUGUUGGCAAGAGAGGAACCAGGCAGGCUGACUAGCAGGGCGGGCCCAGUCACACAGCAGCUGUAGGCGGGCUCCGGCUAAGUUUCACUUCCCGCCUCUGGGGCCAGCAGCGGAGCCGUGUGCUGUGUGCUGUGUGCCGUGUGCCGGAGUCAUUGCCACCCACCGGUCUGCCUGCACUUGGCUCAGGCAGGCAUCCGCCAUGCGCUCGCAGGCCCCGCCCCCAGGCCCCAUGCAGACCCUGAUCUUCUUGGACCUGGAGGCCACCGGCCUGCCCUUCUCCCAGCCCAAGAUCACAGAGCUGUGCCUGCUGGCCGUCCACAGAUGUGCCCUGGAGAGCCCGCCCGCCCCGCAGCGGCCUCUGACGGCGCCCCCCCCACCCCGCGUGGUGGACAAGCUCUCCUUGUGUGUGGCGCCAGGGAAGGCCUGCAGCCCUGCGGCCAGCGAGAUCACCGGCCUGAGCACCCUUGUGGCGCACAACGGGGACCGCUACGACUUCCCCCUGCUCCAGGCAGAGCUGGCUGUGCUGGGCCUCGCCAGCCCGCUGGACGGUGGCUUCUGUGUGGAUAGCAUCGCCGCCCUGAAGGCUCUGGAGCAGGCCGACCGGCCCCCAGAGCAGGGCCCGCGGAAGAGCUACAGCCUGGGCAGCAUCUACACGCGCCUAUAUGGGCAGGCGCCACCGGACUCGCACACGGCCGAGGGGGACGUCCUCGCCCUGCUCAGCAUCUGCCAGUGGAGGCCCCGGGCCCUGCUGCAGUGGGUGGAUGCCCACGCCAGGCCCUUCAGUGCCGUCGAGCCCAUGUACGGGGCCACAGCCACCACUGGCGCCAACUCCAGGUCGCCUGCUGCCACGGCCUCGGCGCUCCUGGGCAGAGCCAGGCAUGCCCGUCGCAGCCUUGGGGCCAGCGUCCUUCCCCCAGGGAAGGGCCCUGCGUCCUCACCCAGGGAGGGACUCCUGGCCCCACUGAGCCUGCUGGCCUUGCUGACCGUGGCGCUGGCCACACUGUACGGGCUGUCCCUGGGCUCACUUGAGCAGUAGCUGAGAGGAAAGCCUGGCAAUAAAGACCCCGCACCGAG